CGCACAGCGCGUGCGCUGUUGCACCAUAACGACGUGAUGAGCGGUUAUGUUUUCAAUAGCAACCGUGAGUUAAACUGAAUAAAGUCGUUGUAAAAGGCUGAAACAUGUCAACCCUCCGGGAUGAGACGGCAGCAGAUGUGCCGGUCAAGGACGUCACGGUGGACCUCUCCAGACUCACACCGGCUCCACCAGAGUCGUCGACCUAUCAGCACGCCCGGGCGCGGCAGGACAUCUCGCGUGUGUCCCGGGAGGAGCUGGAAGACCGCUUCCUGCGGCUGCAGGAGGAGACGCUGCAGCUCAAACAGCACAGCCACAAACAGCAUGAUAUGAUCAAGAAACUGGGCACAAAGCUGAAGAGGCUGAUGAACAACCGUGACCGCAUGGAGCAGCUGGCAGCAGGGACAGCCCCGUCCUCCAGGGUCCGAGACGUGGAGAUGGAGGAGAUGAUGGAGGAGCUCCACGAGAAGGUCCGGGCCCUGCAGGCCGAAAACGAAGGGCUGAAACAGCGCCUCCUGGUGGCAAAGCAUCAAGUCAUGAACUCUCAGAGCCAGAGGCCGACGCCGUACGACCGCAUCCAGCCGCGAGUCAACACGGGGUUGAAGUUCAGAGACGACAUGUCGUCUCCGUCUUUAAUACGACCUAAAAGUACGAGGAGUUUGGAGGGAGGAGGACGACCUCCGACUGGCCUGCUGCCUCGCUAUGGGCACAGUCUGCUGGAGGAGGCCAGAUCAGAGAUCCGCAACCUAGAGAAUGUGAUCGAGUCCCAGCGGAGCCGCAUGGAGGAGCUGGAAGGUGCAUCGGAGCUGCUGAGGGAGGAGCUGAGGAGGAAGGAGGCAGAGUAUGAAGAGAGACUCCUGCAGGUCCGGCAGGAGCAGACCUCCAAACUGAGGACGCACGUCAACAGCAACGUGACGCUGAUCAAACUGCAGAAGCAGCUGGCGGCGAGAUCCAACACCGUGGCCGAGCUGGAGGGGCGAUAUCUGCAGCUGCAGGAGAGUCAGCAGACGCUAAAGCUCAGUCAUGAAGCGGCGAUGGCGAAGGUGGACGAGCUGUCGGCGGAUCUGAAAAACGAGCGGCUGAAGCGUUUGGAGCUGGAGAAGCAGCUGCAGAGUGCCAGCGUCUCCAGGACGAAGAUGGAGCAGCUGCAGGAGAGGAUCGGCGAGCUGGAGCAGGAGAGAGACCUGCUGAAGGACAGCAACGAGAAGCUGCUGAACAGCGCCUUUGACGUCUCUCAGCAGGAGAAAUGGCAGCUUCAGGAGCAGCAGCUGAAGCUUCAGAUCUCUCAGCUGGAGACGGCACUCAAGGCCGACCUCGUCGACAAAAACGAGAUCCUCGACAAAGUCAAGGCCGAGAGAGACACAAACGAGAAGCUGAAAGAAGCAAAUCAGAAACUGGAGGUGCAGUUCCUGCAGCAGAAGCAGCAGCUGGAGGAACUGAAUGAGCGGCUCAAGUUUUACAGUCGGGGGAGCGACUACGACGUGGCCGAACUCACCGAGGCGCUGCUGCUCGUCAAAACACGUAAAUCCCAGAGGAGUGGAGAUCUGGGCUUCCUGAGGGAGGCGGAGGAGGAAACGGGUGGCGCCAUCAUGGAAAACGCCGUUAAGGAGCUGCGAGCCGCUCACGCCGAAACCAUCCAGGAGCUGGAAAAGACCCGGAGCCUCCUGAGCACGGAGAGCCGGAUCAGCCAAGGCUACAAGGCCGAGCUGGACGCCGCGCUACGCAAGAUGGACGCCGACAAACUCGAGUACGAGCAGAAGCUAGAACGCCAGGCUCAGCUGCUGGACGCCAGGGCAACGAAGAUCAGGAAACUGGAAGCUCAGCUCAGAGACAUCGCCUACGGGACCAAAACCUACAGCGUCAAAGCGGACGUCACAGCCGAGGACGAGGCCGACGAAUCUGGCGAAGCGCUUCACCUGGAGAGUGGAGAAAACCUGCUGGAGCUUCAGAUAGUAGGCAUCACGCUGUCUGACUCUGCCCUGCAGAUGCUGGGCGAAGCUGAGCCCGCCACCUUCUGUACGUACGCCUUCUACGUGUUCGAGCUGCACGCCACACCGGUGGUGACGGGCCGCAGUCCGAAAUACAACUUUACUUCAAAGUACGUGGUUAGCGUGGACGACCGCUUCCUCGACUACCUCCACCGGGGCACGGUGAGGGUGGAGCUGCACGAAGCGCUCGGUCUGGACUGGAGGACACUGGCGACCGGCGAGCUUCGUCUGCAGCAGCUGCUGGAACAGGAUGGGAAGGUUCACGGCAGCGUGGCGCUCAUCGGGUCGCGUGAUGAGGCGCGCUCCUUCGGCUCCUUGGAGUUCUGGCUCAGGCUGAGGGUGCCCAUGACGGAGACGCUGCGACUGUACCGAGAGAAGAUGAAGGCGCCUCCGCCAACGACCAGCGACUGGAACGAGCUCUUCAUCACCGUCCGCCGCUGCUCCGGCCUUCAGCUGCGAGGCUCCCGGCAGCCGAGCCCCUAUGUCGUCUACAAGUUCUUUCACUUCCCCGACCACCCCACCGCCACCGUUCACAACCGCCAGGACCCCGACUUCAAUGACCUCAGGUCGUACUGUGUCUCGAUGGAUGCGGACCUGGACCGGUACCUGAAGUCGGAGCUCCUUCAGUUCUACGUGUUCGACUACAAAGAGGAGCAGAUGGACACGUACCUGGGGAAGGCCCGAGUCCCUCUGAGGACGCUGACCCACGACGAGAGCCUCACAGGUGUGUUUUCGCUGGCUGAUCCCUCUGGACUCCCCGCCGGGAACAUCGAAGUGACUCUGAAGUGGAAGGUCUCCUACAUCCACCCGGUGGACGCCAUGGAGGACGAGCCCAGGUUUACUCCUGUGGAGGAAGCGUCAGAGGCCGAACAACAGCCGGAGGGCGAGGAGGCCCGCCGCCAUCGCACUGAAUCUCAGGCCCCGCUGCCCAAACCAAGACCGAAGACUCAGGUGAAGGGAACGCCACCCGCCAAAAAGGUCACGUUUGUAGAAGGGACGGCCGCCAACCAACAGCUGGACGCGUCGAGCUCAGCGGCCCGGGGGGCGGAGACUCUACCUGCAGCACCUGUACAGGUUUUGUCCAAAGGUGCCGGAGAGGAAGAGGACGAUGAAAGAGAGUCUGACGUCUCUGAAGGACAGCUGGUCACAGUGAGCGCUGCGUCGUACUCUGAUGACUCUGAAAUCUCUGAGGAAAUCAUCGAAGAUGUGGAGGACGUCCCAGCAGCUGCAGAGGACUCGGCUCAGUCUGACAGCGAUGACUGCAUCGUGCCCGGCCCGGCCACGGCGAGGAAGGUGUCAGAGCGAGUGCGGGUGGAGAUUGUGUGUCUAAGCCUGAGGGCGGAGUCUCGGGUGGCACGGGACACCAGCGUGGUGCGGCUCUUCGUGGAGUACUCCUUCCUGGACCUGCCCACGGAGGAAACGCCGCUGUCUCUGCCCAAACCGCCACCGGGCCGCAGCAUCAACUACAACUACAGCAAAGUCAUCCCCGUGGACGCUGAGAGGAACGCCGCGAGGAGGCGCCUGCUGAGGGGAGUCCUGCAGGGACGAAAUCCUCACAUGGAGAGAAUCCGGUUCACAGUGGUGAGCGAGCCUCCAGAGGAAGAGGAGCAGGAGAGGGAGUGUGAGGAUGUGGGCAUGGCCUUCCUGAGGAUCCCUGACAUCCUGGAGAAACAGCGAGACGUGACGGAGGAGCGUUUGAGCGUGCUGGACGUGGAGGACAGCAGUGAGGUGGUCGGCACCCUGACGGUGUCCAUGGAGUGUCUGGAGGCUCUGCGCUCCAUCAUGGAGGAGGAGGAGACCGCCAUCAGCUCGCUGUGAGGCCGCUCAGCAGGCUGUGUGAGGUGGAGGCAUUUCAAAUUUGACGUCUCUGUGUGUGUUUCAAAGUGGUGAAUGUGCUGAAUUCUGCUGUGAGCCUGUGAAUAUGAUUUAUUGUUUGCUCAGAGCAUCUUCACGCUCUUCUCCAGUUUCACUGUUUGUGUGCGAGAAAUAAAACGUGUCCUUCCUGCACGAACGUUUAGAUUCUGUACUCUUACAAAGAGAUGAUGUGUCUGCAGGUGUGGCUUAGAAAGACAUAAAUCAUCAUGUUUCUGACAUUUAUGGAUAAAAUCAGCUGUAAUGUCUCAGUGUGGGGAAAACAAUCACAAUCAUUGAUCUGAGAUGAACUGAAGCCUGCUGGCUCAGAGGUAGUGUUGAAAGUGCUGCGAGAUCAAUCAAAUGCAGACCGGAGAAACAAACCACGGAGACGCAACCUGUGAAUAGAAAGGUCAAUGUGAUGACAAGACAUCUUCAAUGCAAUAUGAACCCUGUAAGAAAUAUUACUGAUAAAACAAUGCUGUAAAACAUGUUAUUAAUGCAAUCACAAUAAUGCAGAUUAUAUAGUAGGAAUAAAAUAAUUUCUGAAUCUCCACAAAAGUUAGGCAGAGCUCGUGCUCUUUGGUCCUCUGUGGUGUUUUUAAGCUGAUAGGCGGGGUUCAUCUUUCCAAAGGAAUUUAUACGAAUCCAGAGAUCUGAACCAGUCUGCUGAUGGUUUACUCAAGAUCAUUGAAAAUAAAGAUUUUUGGUGUUCUAACGACUCUUCCCGUGUGUGAUGUGUGAGAUUUCCAUCUAACCACAUCAUCUUUUAUUUUAUUUAAAAGUGGGAUGUGCUUUCAUUUAAAUCUACAAGCUUAGAGACAUUAAUACCUAAGUAUUCCAUAUUUCAAGUUGUAGUGGGGUAGAAGAAGGAUUAUGGAAGGAGCAGUUAAUCGAAGAACUGUAGAUUUUAACCACAUGACGCCAAACAUACACAACAAAACAGUAUAACACAAAUGAUGCCUCGUGUCAGGGGAAGCAUUGAUAAUAUAACACAUGCGCAACAUAAGAUUACUUUACCGUCAUUAUGUCAGCACACACAAUAUUCACAUUCAUCAGUUUUCACAGUGGGCAAAAGAACGAAUAGAAGUUUUUCUGUCUUGUACAAAACUGUUGUUUUGAUUUGUUUUCUUCUUGCUUUGAUAAAAAUCUUCUUCCUGUCUGGCAGAGUCCUCACGCCUGUCGGUGCUGAAACACAACAUUACACAAAGUGAUGGACGCCUCUGUAACAAGAAUAUUUCUAAUAAAUACAAGAAUAAAGCAA